CCUCGCUCCAAAAACAAUCCACCAACCACUAACCUUAAAUUUCUGUAUUUUCUCUCUCUUCCUGUAUUUUCUCUCUCAUCAAUUUCUCUCUCUAGAGACUCUAAUGGCGCCCAAGGCUGGUAAGAAGCCCGCUGAGAAGAAACCAGCAGAGAAAGCCCCAGCUGAAAAGAAGCCAAAGGCUGAGAAAACCCCCAAAGAAGGUGGCCCAGAGAAGAAGAAGAAGAGGUCUAAGAAAGUUACAGAGACCUAUAAGAUCUAUAUCUUCAAGGUCCUGAAGCAGGUCCACCCUGAUAUCGGUAUUUCCAGUAAGGCCAUGGGGAUCAUGAAUAGCUUCAUCAAUGAUAUCUUUGAGAAAUUGGCUCAGGAGGCUUCAAGGCUGGCUCGAUACAACAAGAAACCCACCAUUACUUCGAGGGAGAUACAGACGGCGGUGAGAUUGACGUUGCCUGGCGAGCUUGCUAAGCAUGCUGUUUCUGAGGGGACUAAGGCGGUUACCAAGUUUACCAGUGGUUAGAUUGUGGAUUUUGUUUUGAUGGGUUUUGAUCUCGAUGGUGUUUUUUGACAUCAUCUAUGUGAAUUUGGGGUUUUUUGGAUGUGCUUUAAUGGUUGAGCGAUCUGGUUGCUCUCCAUCUUGUCUCUGUAAUAAAUAUCUGGUUUAUUAUCUCUCUUUUUUUUUUUAGCUAAUUUGAUUUCUCUCUCUACCAUUUCUCUCUA